AUGUCAAAUUUAAUAAGACCAAAAAUUAGAAUUCCACAGAGAACUUUGGGUCAACCAAAUUUCAAUUUCAAUGAACUAUGGGAGAAGAUUACUUAUGCCAUAGAUAAAAUCUAUGAAAGGGACACUCAUGAUCUUUCAUUCGAGGUAUUAUACCAGUCCGUAUACAUCAUUGUACUGAAUCGAAAAUCAAAGGACUUAUACGAUAAACUGACUGAAUACAUAACUUUGAAGAUUAAAUCGUCAUUUCAAUGUGAAGAAUGGUCAGCAUCAUCUGAUAAUGAUGGUAGCGUAUUUUUAUCAUUCAUAUCGAAUCUUUGGACUGAGCAAUGUAGAUGCUUCAAACUUGUUAGUGAUAUCAUGCUUUAUUUGGAUAAGAUUUAUUGCAAACCGAAUAGAAUAUUGAGUGUGUAUGAUCAAUGUCUAGAACUUUUCAAGCUUCACAUACUAAUCCCCAAUUCAGAUACGCUAAAUAGGGCAAUGUUAUCAACAAUUAAUAGCUCGAGGGAAAGUAAUACCGAAGUGAGUCCAUUGGCGUCUAUCUGGUCCUCCAUUGUUGCAAUGAUGCAAACAGUAAUGGCAGAGGGUAAAUAUACCUAUUUUGAUACAUAUUUCGAACCAUUUCUUUUAAAGGAAACUGAAGAAUUUUACCAAAACCUUAUUGACGUGGAUCAAUUUUCACCGUUAGAUUGUUUAGAAAUGGUGAAAUCAUUGAAAGAGUCUGAAUACAAGAGAGAUUUAACAUUUCUUGAUACAGAUUCCACAUCAAAAAUUACAAGCGUCCUUGAAGAAGUACUAAUAUGGGACAAAAUUGGUAAAAUCAUUAUCGUGCUAACACACCAAGCUUUGAAGAAUGAUGAUAUACACUUGUUACAAGAAUUGUUUGAUCUUUCAUUAGAUACAAAUUAUAAAAACAAUGUUCUUACCUCCGUCAAGAGUUAUAUCUUCGAAGAUUUAAGCGCUAUUCAUUACAACGAAUCAUUAAGAAAGAAAUCAUUGAUGGCAAUAAGUUGGGUAAAUUCAAUUUUACAGAAGUAUGAUUAUUAUGAAACAUUACUGAAAACUAUUGAUUUUGGAAUUACAACUACUCAAUCGGAAGAAGAAAAUGGGAAUAAGGAUGUCGAUCCACAUGAUUUAAAUAAAAAUAUCUUAGAUGAGCAAUUUUCAUUAUAUCUAAGUAAAUCAGGUAAACAAUCUGCGGAAUCAGUAUGCUUUUAUAUAGACACGAAAUUAAAAUCAACUAGUGACAGAUCGAAAAUCAGCAAUGCAAAGAAAGAUGUCGAUAACUGUGUGAAAUUGUUUAAAUUGUUAUCUGAGAAGGAUAUAUUUGAGAAUGUUUAUAGACAGCAAUUAUCAAGGAGAUUACUUCAUCAAAAAUCAUCAAUAGAACUUGAGAGAUGGUGCGUUAGGAAAGUAAAGGAGGAGAUGGGUGUAUUUUUUACGUCCAAAUUGGAUGGUAUGUUAAGAGAUAUGUCAAAAUCGAUGGAAUUGUCUAAAGCCUUUGCCGCAGGUUACAGUGAUACUUUAGGAGAUAUAAAUUUCGUGCCACAAAUUCUUACGAUAACUUCCUGGCCAUUCCAAAACUUUACCGAUGAAGAGCUUGCUAAGAAUGAAGUUAUUUUGCCAUCGAAGUUAGAACAAAUAAAGUUAGAUUUCGAAUUGUUUUAUCAAAAGAAAUACAAUGAGAGAAACUUGAAAUGGGCAAAUCCCUUAAGUUUGGUUGAAAUUGGUCAUCAAUUCAACAAGACUUAUCAUGAAUUAUCUAUGUCCAUGAUAACGGCUGUAAUAUUUUUAUUAUUCGAAGAGCAUUCUCAAUUGACCAUUGAAAUGAUUGAAGAGAAGACCAAUAUUACACGAGAUGAAUUACUUCGUCAGUUACUAUCGAUGGUAUUGUCACCCAAAUCGAGAAUAUUGAGCAAGAAGCCAAUGUCAAAAUCCAUCUCAUCAUCUGAUAUAUUCUCAAUAAACGAGUCUUUCUCAGCUCCUACGUUGAAAGUGAAAGUAUUGACUGCUUCUGCCGUGGUACCAAAUCCCACGGGUACAUCAACUCCCAUGGGCACCAGAAUAAGUGAUAUUUCCGAAGAUUCAAUGACCAGCAAUGGGUUAAGCAUUAAAAGAGAGAGGUUAGUUCAAAUCAAUGCAUCAAUAGUUCGAAUGCUGAAACCUGAACGUACGUUAACUCGUAAUAAAUUAUUUGAGAAAGUGAAAUCCAAUCUUAAGGAUAGAUUCACACUAAUUCAAGAGGAUUUCACUACAAGCGUAAAUGAUUUGAUAGAGAGAGAGUAUUUGCAACGUGAUAUAGAAGAUUCAUCUAUCCUGCAUUACAUCACCUAG